UGUGUACUCCUCUAUUAAACAUGGAUAAAUCUAAGAAAAAUAUGAAAAAGAUGGAAUGUACAUUUGUCAUAGUAGGAGGCGGUAUAGCUGGAGUAUCUUGCGCCGAAGGAUUGAGCUUUCUCGCUCCAGAAGAGAGCAUAAUUUUAAUCACCGCCAGUCCUCUGAUAAAAGCUGUGACGAAUGUGGUUCCAAUAGGCAAAACAUUAAUGCAUUUUGAUGUAGAAGAGAAGAACGCAACAGACUUAAGUGAGAAGCAUAAAACAUUGCAAGUUAUUCAUGAUACUGCAAUUAGAAUUGACCAAAAUGAGAAACUGGUGGAAAUCGGUAGUGGGAAAAUUAUAAGUUACAAAAUGUUGUGUCUUUGUACCGGCGCAAAACCCAAACUUAUAGCCGAAAACGAUUUCGUUAUAGGUAUUCGUGACACGGAAUCCGUAUUACAAUUUUCUCGCAAACUCAGAGACACUAAGAGAGUCAUGAUUGUUGGCAACGGUGGAAUCGCCACUGAGAUAGUGCACGAAGUUAAAGGCGUUGAGAUGAUCUGGGUGAUUAAAGACAAACACAUUUCUGCGACCUUUGUCGAUCCUGGAGCCGCAGAAUUUUUUUUAGACAAGAUCUCUUCCGAGUUUAAUGUAUCGAAAAACCUUAAUAAAAAUUCGCCAACCAAGAGAAUGCGAUAUGUCGUGUCGGACAGCACAUCGGUCGAAAACGGGGCUGCUCUUGGUCCGGAUUGGCACAACAGCUUCGACAUGAGCAGUACACAUUUUAUGCCUACGAAUGUCCAAGUUGAAUACGAGUGCGAGAUAUUAAAAUUACUCAGUUUCGAUGAACGAAGACAGUUUGAUUCCACGGAAGAGUGGCCAAUUUACGCGCAACUAACGAAUGGCAAGAUCAUCGGGUGCGACCUUAUCAUUUCAGCAACAGGUGUUACUCCAAAUUCCAAUAUAUGCGGAUUGGAAAAUCUCGAAAAAGGAGAGGAUGCUGGAUUGCUAGUGGAUUGGAAAUUGGAAACUUCGAGGAAGGACAUCUACGCUGCUGGAGACGUGUGUACUGUCGGCUGGCCGAAGGCGAAACAUUGGUUCCAAAUGAGAUUGUGGACACAGGCUCAUCAGAUGGGCCGUUACGCCGCGAAGUCGAUGGUCUCGAAUUUAAGAAACGAAGAAUUCCUGCAAGACUUUUGUUUCGAACUUUUCACUCAUGUGACCAAAUUCUUCUCUUACAAAGUCGUGUUACUCGGUUUGUAUAACGGACAGACAUUAGGGAAAAAUUACGAGAUACUUUUACGGAUCACUAAAAAUCAAGAAUAUGUGAAAAUUAUUUUGCAAGAUGGCAAGAUGCAGGGCGCGGUGCUUAUUGGGGAAACGGAUUUGGAAGAGAUGUGUGAAAAUUUGAUACUUAAUCAAUUGGAUUUAAGUAUCUAUGGUGAAGAUUUGUUAAAUCCUAAUAUCGAUAUUGAAGAUUAUUUUGAUUGAUUCUAUCAUUAAUCUUUUAAAUACACUUAAAUUACACACAAUUAAAUUUACUUAAACGUAAAUACAUUUAACAAAAUUGUCCUGUUAAUCCAUUUUUUACCUAGUUUAUAUUAUAAUAAAAUAAUGUCACUUCUAUUUUGAUUUUUUUAUUUAUAAAAGUUUAUUGUCAUUUAUAAUACAUAAAUAUGAAUAUUUUACAACUAUUGGCAAUCUUUUCUACAUGUACAAACUUACUCAUAAAUUUCAAUUUCUUUCUGUGAAAAGAAAUUACACAGGUCUUAUAUUAAAUUCUUAAAUAUAUUAAAAACGUAUUAAAAACUUGCUUUUUAAUCAUCAAUAUGGGCAAUAACAUUAUAAUCUAUCAACUCUAGUUUACAUAAGUAAUAUACAAUUUGCAAUAUAAUAUUCAAUAUAAUUCUUAAGUCAUAAAUAAUACUUCUUACAAGUUGCUGAAAGCAGUUUGUAAUUGGCAAGUCACAAAUUCUAUUUUUACUUUUAUAUACUCUUAAACCGACAAAUCUUGUACAUUCCUUAUUGUAUCUUGGUAAUUUACUACUAAGCCUAUCAAUUUCAUACAUAAAAUAAUAUUUUGUUUAAAA